AUGAGUCUGGUCAUUAAGGAAAGAAGCUUUGGUUUGUGUCCUGGGAUCGGAAUAAGAGCAAAACUUCUGGAGCAGAAUAAGUUCAAAUUUGAGCCAAGAGGAGAGGUCUCUGGAUCUGAAGCUGACCCUUCUCUCUACCCACGAGCUGAGAAGACAAUGACAUUCACUCACCACAGACCCUGGAAAUCUUUAAAAAUAGACCCCAGGAAGGAUGUGGGGCUUGCUGGUUUCUGCGGGAGAGCAGCGUACCCAGGAAAAUCAGGAGGCAGAGACUUCAGGAAGAGGAAAGGGACUGCUAUGCAGGACCCCAUCCUUCAUGGGGUCACCUUCAGCUCUUCAGCCGAACUAACUGGAUGGUCCAGGACAAUCAUGAAGAAUGAAUUCAAUCACAGGAAAAUAAAUGGGUGA